AUGGGGAGCGACUUCAAAGUCAUUGUGGUUGGCGGCGGCCCAAUAGGGCUAAUUGCCGCCCAUGCGCUUCACCGUGCCGACAUUGAUUUUGUGGUUCUCGAGCGCAGACCUGCUAUUGUCGAAGAUAAGGGGGCCAGUCUUGUGGUAUAUCCGACUACAUUUAGAGUCAUGCAUCAACUCGGUAUUUUAGAGUCAUUGUUGCCUAUAGGAGGAGAGCUUGAAACUCAUAUGUCGCUUACCAAAGACGGGCAUGUCUUUAAUGAAAGCCCAAGAUAUAGAACAAUUCGAGAGAAUCAUGGACAUGGCCCUGUUGCUUUCGAUCGCUCGGAAGUGGUUAGAACAAUGUACAAUUUGUUACCAGACAUCGCAAAAGAAAAAGUCUUGACCAACAAACAGCUGAGCAAUAUAGAGACAAAAGGUGACGGGGUCAAGGUGACAUGCGUCGACGGCAGUGUCUACCACGGAUCAAUAGUGAUCGGCGCAGACGGCGUUCACAGCAAAACCCGACAUGUUAUGCGCGACAUCGCCUUGAAAGAAGAUCCGCUACGGGACUGGGAUCCCGAAGAACCGUUCCCAGCAACAUUCCGGCUUAUAUAUGGGGCAUUUCCCACACCGUCGCCUUCCGGUGAAGGAAACGACACCCAGUCAUCGGGAAAGUCGGUCUCGUAUUUCAGCGGCCCGAAGCGUAGCUGGUUCUUCAUGAGCGAGAAACUGCCGAAGCCAACCAACGAGCGAAAACAUUACACCGAGAAGGAUAUUAAUACCCUCGCUGCCGAGUUUGCGGAUUAUCCACUGAACCGCACGGUCAAGGUCAAAGAUGUCUGGCCGAAGAUGUUGGCCGUAGGCAUGACGGACCUCCAUGAAGGAAUCGCGAAGCACUGGAGUCUGGGCAGGAUUGUGCUCGUGGGCGAUUCUUGUCAUAAGUUUACGGUUCAUAUGGGACUUGGGUUUAACAAUGGUGUUCAGGAUGUUGUGGUGUUGUGUAACCGUCUACGAGGUGCGGUUCAGAGUGCUUCUGAAAGAAACCCAGAUACAGCUGCCCUUACGCGUGUGUUUGAUGACUACGAGAGAGUUCGAAAGAGCUCGGACUGCUCGCUCGUUGCGGAUUUGGCAAAUACGGGAUUGGAGACUCGUAUGUACACUUGGUACAACUCUCUCUACUGGUUUCUUUCUCGAUAUAUCAUUGCUCUUUCAAUUGUUGAGGGCCUGGCACUUCGAUUUUCCUUUUCUCCUGGGUUUCAGAAAGCACAGGUGUUGGACUAUGUUGAGGCAUCGGAGCCGAUGAAUGGGAAGCUGCCUUGGCUACACCCGAUGAAGACUAAGAUACUGUGA